UGGCACCGCCUCAACAACCCCAUCAUCAAACACCUCCCCUCCUCCUCCCCCAAAUCCUUCACAUUGACCGCCUCCCCCGCCACCGAUCUCUGGCGUCCCAAUUCCGCCUCAAACAAUUUCUCCGCCCCCUUCGUCUAUCGCAUCUGCUCCGUAGAAAAUUUCUCUCGAAUUUCUGUCACGGUUGUUCCGGGAAAAGAAUUUAAAUCCCAGUGGGAUCAGGGUGGGAUUGCGAUUUUGUUUCCGGAUGGGGAUUUGGGUGGGGAUGGGAAAAAUGCAAAAUAUUCAUGGAUCAAAACUGGUUUGGAAUGGGAAAAUGGUGGGUUGCAAUUGAGUACAGUGGCGACAUAUGCGUUUUCGGAUUGGAGUUUAAGUCCUGUGGUGCCUUCAUCCAAAGGAGGAGGAGGAGGGGUUCGGUUUUUGGUAGAGAGGAAUUCUACCGAACUAUGGAUCUACAACAUUCUCAAAAACCACCAACGUUAUCCCCUCCGAGAAAUCACCUGGGCAUUUCUCGAAAACCGAGGCAACAACAACAAAAACAACAACAAGAAAACCAAAAAGAAAACCAAAAAGAAAAAUGCGGAAAUUUGGGUCGGAGUCUAUGUUGCCAAACCG